CCGCGCGAGCUCCCCAAUGUGCAAAGAAAGGAAGGAACUUCCCCUUCACCUUCCAAGAAACCAGCUUCUCAAAACCGAAUAGACCGACCUGUACCUUAGUUGUCUUCCAUGGCCGCUCCCUUCUCGGAACUUCCAUUGACCCUCCUCCCUUCUAUAUCUACACCCCACUCCCACAAUGCCUCCUUCAACACCACCCAUCUUCCCCAACCUCCCAAAGCAUCGAUCUGUCCGCACAAAGCUCGAAUCUUUCUUCUCCUCCUCCUUGGUCAAUGGCGUCCCAGAGAGCCGAGUCGAGCUUCCACGACUUCUUGCCCACCAUGGCCCACAAGCUGGGCGGCGAGGGCCUGAUCGGGGAGCUGUGUAAUGGGUUCAACCUCUUGGUGGACGGCGACCGAGGGGUCAUCACGUUCGACAGCCUCAAGAGGAACUCCGCCCUCCUGGGGCUGCAGGACUUGAGCGACGACGACCUGCGCUGCAUGCUGAGGGAAGGCGACUUCGACGGCGACGGCGCGCUCAACCAGAUGGAGUUCUGCGUCUUGAUGUUCAGAUUAAGCCCCGAGCUGAUGGAGGAGUCGGAGUUCUUGUUGGAAGAGGCCCUCCGGAAGGAGUUCUGAGGAUCUUCUUGAUUUUCUUGAUUUUUCUUCUUUUUUGUUUUGUCUGACCCUUAUUGACACGCUAUGCGCUGCUCUUGUUGUAUUCCUAAUUGCUUACCGAUUCUUGAUCUGGCAUGGGAUUGUUCAGAGAAAAAAACAACAGAAUAAAUGGGAUUGCAGUAUGCUUGCUUUGAGCA